CCUGACGUAGCAGGAAGUAAACUUGGCAUGUUGAUAGCGGAGGUUGUUUUGAAGUGAAACUGGGCAGUCUAUAUAUGAUGUGAUGGGUGUCCAUGGUCUGACCAGCUAUGUGGAGGGUAACAGGGGCUUGUUCCAGGACAUCAGGUUCAGAGACAGCAGACUUGUGAUAGAUGGCUGUAGUCUGUUCUUCAGGCUCUAUCUAAACCAUGGACUGGAUCAGGUACACGGAGGGGACUACGAUGCCUUCGGCACCCUGCUGUCUACCUUCAUCUCUGCACUGGAGGCCUGCAACAUACAGCCAUAUGUGGUGCUGGAUGGAGGCAUGGACCCCAGUGAUAAGAAGCUGUCCACCCUGAGGCAGCGGCUGCAGAGUAAGAUCCGAGAGGCUGAGUCUCUGUCCCGUGGCCGACACGGCUCCGUCCUCCCCCUCCUCACAAGACACGUCUUCAUCCAGGUCCUCUCCCAGCGAGGUGUCCCGUUGGUCCAGUGCCCCGCCGAGGCAGACUGGGAGAUUGCCUGCCUGGCCAAUCAGUGGGAUUGUCCAGUUCUGACCAAUGACAGCGACUUUUACAUCUUUGACUUGCCAGGUGGGUAUAUUCCGUUCCGGUUCUUCCAAUGGGCCAGUGUUGGCGGUUCCCCUCCAAAUCACUACAUCCCAGCCAGGCGCUACACGGUCAGUGGGCUGUGCCGGCACUUUAGGGGAAUGAACCGGGAACUUCUGCCGCUGUGUGCUGUCCUGGCAGGGAAUGACUACACCACAGAACAAACCUACAAACACAUACACACACUCCUCUCUCAGCUAACCACGGGAGGGAAGAGGGGAGGCAGAGGGGGAGGGAGCCCAUCCCAUAUAGAGGGCCUCCUUCUCUGGCUCUCCUACUUCCCUGGACCUGAGGAGGCUCUGGAGGAGGUGGGGAGACUGACAGGAGGAGUAGAAAGAGGAGGAGGAGAGCGAGGGAGAGGAGGAAUGGGGAGAGGAAGAGCAGGGAGAGGAGGAGAGAAGUCCGGCCUGUGUUCUGUGCUCUGGUCAGGCAUGCAAGAGUACCAUCUGACCCCUCAGAGCCGUCUCUCUACCUGGUUCUCUGGAGGCUCAUCCAGGUCGCCAGAGGGGCUGUGGGCUGCUACUCCCUGCCCGCUGCCAGAGUGGCUGUGCUGGGCCGCAGGGAGCGGGGCGAUGGCCCCCCUGGUGUUGGACGUCCUGGAGCUCAGGAGGGUGCUGCUCAUCCCUCAGGUGGAGAACAGCCGACUACCCAGCAGCCACUGCAGCGCCACGGCCAUACGACAGGCCCUCUACGGGAUCCUACUGGCCAAUCAGGAGCAGGGGGAGAGGAGAGAGGGAGAGAGGGGGUGGGGAGAGGGUAACAGGGUCCAGGGACAAGGUGGACAGGAGACCCAAGUAGAGGGACAGGGUGAGAGGGGGAGGGGAGAAAGGCAGAGGGGGAGGAGGGUAAGGGGCAGAGGUCAGGGUCCGGGGGGUGCAGAGCCUUCCUCAGGCAGCGGUCAGGGUGAGAACAACGCCCCUAGCGGUGUGGAGGGUGACAGCGCUGUGAGUGUGUGUGUGGAGGAGUACGACAGACACGAUCUGAACCUGAGGAAGAGCCAGGUGGAGCCACGCACCCCCAGAACCAGGCUACACCUUGAGACACUCUGCCAGGCUCCUGUGUCAGUGCGGCUGGAGGUGCUGUAUGAUGUUCUGGGGGUGAAGGAGUCCUCUCUGUCUCCCCUACCUCCUCACCUCAGGCUGGCCCUUGGAGUGACUGGGUUCUGGAGGAGAGAGGCCAGACCUUUUCCCUCUCUACCCCAGGUACAGGCUCUGCUGCUGGGCAUGGUCCAUGGAGAGAUGGCCCGGAACACCCAUCCUGGACAGAACCAGAACACAGCCGCAGAACGGAACUUGUGGAUGAAGCUUCGCCUGCGGCCAGGAGACAGGCGGGGUUUCGAUGUGGGCGUGGCUCAUUCCCUCAGCCAAUGGCAGGCCUGCCUGUGGAGCGUGCUCAGUUUGAACCAGCUACUGUGUCUGCCCCUGCCUGAACCAGACACAGCAUGGUUAUUCAGUGGUAGUCUGGUCCAUGGUUUGGUUGGACGUCUGAGAGGGGGUUGUUCUCCUGAGUCUGUCCUGGCUGCAGCUCCUCUCUCUGGGCAUAUAUACCGCUCCCUACUGGCUGCUCUGGAGAACUGCACCCUAAAUACACUACCCUCAUCAUCAGGGGAGGAGGAAGAGGGGGAAUGGAAGGAGGGGGGAGAGGGAGAGGGAGAGGAGGAGGAGAAGGAGGAGCCCCUUCCUCCCAGGAGAUAAACAACAGGUUUGCUCUACUGAUGACUGAGGAGGAUGAAGAGUGAGAGCGAUAGGGGUGAGGAGACUACCUUCUUUCUAGUCAACAUGGUGCUCAUAAAUAAACUUUAUUAUUCUUUUCACAGCUUUAGAGAGAGGAGUGGGAUGAACAGAAAGAGAUGGCCUGUGGUAUAGGCGCACUAUUUUAUAAAGCAUUCAAUCCAUAUGAUUUAAACCCACUCAGGGAAUGCUGCGUUCCAAUGACUAUUCUAAACUAUGAACUUUACUAUCUCUGAUAAAACUCUGCCUGUUCCUUUUAAUUAGGACAUAUAAAGUAUGUAUAUGUAUGGCCUUAAUGAGGCCUUUACGGCAGUUAAUGCCAUCUAAACAAGCAGCUUAUGUCAGCAUAUGAGUCUACAUAAUACAUUGCGCCUAUGAACUGUUGAUUACUUAUGUUUUUAAUAAAAUGUGUAAACUCAA